AUGGUAAUAGGUGAUGAAAGAAGACUAUAUGAAUCUAACAAGUGUGGAAAAGGCUUUGACAAAAAAUCCAAUCUUUCUGGACAUCUGAGAAUUCCUGUAGAAAAACCUUAUAAAUGCAAAGCAUUUGGAAAAGCUUUUGGUUAUUGGAAAAAUUUUAAGGAACACUGGAAAGCACAAGGAGAAAAACCCUUUAAAUGUAGUGAAUGUGGGAAAGUCUUUAGCCUGAGGGGAAUCCUAAUUAGGCAUCAGAGAACUCAUACUGGAGAGAAACCCUUUGAAUGUGCUGAAUGUGGGAGAGCGUUCAGUCAGAAAGGACACCUUAUCAGCCAUCAGAGAACUCACACUGGAGAGAAACCUUUCAAAUGUGUUGAAUGUGGUAAAUCCCUCUGUGACAAGAGGAGCCUCUUGAGACAUCAAGGCACUCACAUUCGAGUUGAGUCCAUUAAUUGUAGCGUAUGUGGGAAAAUUUUUAGGAGAGAAGGACAUCUGAUUAGACAUCAGAGAAUUCAUAGUGAUGUCAAGUCCCUUAAAUGUAGUGAAUGUGGGAAAAUUUUCACAAGGAAGGACUAUCUAAUUAGACAUCAGAGAAUUCAUAUGGGACUGAAACCAUUUGAAUGUAAUGAAUGUGGAAAAACUUUCAGUUUCCAGGGAUACCUUUUUACGCAUCAGAAAACUCAUACUGGAGUGAAACCAUUUGAAUGUAAUCAAUGUGGGAAAGCCCUCGGCCAGAAGGAAUACCUAAUUAGCCAUCAGAGCAUUCAUAGUGGAGUGAAGCCUUUUCCUUCCUUCAGGGAGAAACAAACCCUUAUUAGACAUCAGAGAAGACACACUGGAGUGAAGCCAUUUGAAUGUAAUGAAUGUGGAAAAGCCUUCAGUGUGAAGCAUACACUUACUUCACAUGUGAGAAUUCAUACUGGAGCGAGACCAUUUAAAUGUAGUGAAUGUGGGAAAGCCUUUGCUUGGAAGGAAGUCCUUAUUAGCCAUCAGCAGAUUCAUAGUGGAGUGAAGCCUUUUCAGUGCAAUGACUGUGGGAAAUCCUUUCGUCAGAAGAGACAUCUUAAAAGUCAUCAGAUACAUCAGAGAAUUCAUUCUGGAGUGAAACCCUUUAAGUGUAGUGAAUGUGGGAAAGCUUUCACUCAGAAAAAUUACCUUAAAAAACAUCAGGGAAUUCACAGUGGAGUGAAACCUUUUGAAUGUAAUAAAUGUAGGAAAGCUUUUAGGCUGAAGGCACACCUUAAAAUUCAUCAGAGAACUCACAUACUGGAUUUUAUUGAGCAUAAGAAAACCCAUGCUGAAUGUGAUGAAUGUGGGAAAGCCUUCAGUCAGCAGGAACACCUGAUGAACCAUCAGAGAACUCAAACUACAGGGAGAACCUUUGAAUGUAAGGAAUGUAGAAAAGCAUUCAGUCACAAGGGAUACCUUAUUAUCCAUCAGAAAACUCAUACUGGCAUAAGACUCUUGGAAUGUAAAGAACGUGGGAAAGGCUUCAACCAAAGGGGAACCCUUAAUAGACAUCAGAGAAUUCCUUCUGGACUGAAACCCUUUGGAUGUAAUGAAUGUGGAAAAACUUUUGGUGAGAAAGGGAGACUUAUUAGACACCAGAAAACGCAUAAUGGAGUGAAGCCCUAUGAAAGUAAUGAAUGUGGGAAAGCCUUGAGCCAGAGGGUUUCCCUGAUUAGCCAUCAGAGAAUUCAUAAUGGAGUAAAACCCUUUGGAUAUAAUGAAUGUGGAAGUCUUCACUCAGAAGGGAAAACUUCUGAUACAUCAGAAGAUACAUAUAGGAGUGAAACCCUUUAA